UGGUCUCUGCGCACACGGAGGAUCCUGACAGACAGACGGACUCUCCUCAGGACUUGUAUCGUUACUCUGCGUAAUUCCGCUAAGUGAACAUGCGUGAGUGUAUCUCCAUCCACGUUGGUCAGGCUGGUGUUCAAAUUGGCAAUGCCUGCUGGGAACUCUACUGCCUGGAACAUGGGAUCCAGCCUGAUGGACAGAUGCCCAGUGACAAAGCUAUUGGUGGAGGAGACGAUUCUUUCAAUACCUUUUUCAGCGAGACUGGAGCAGGGAAGCACGUCCCCAGAGCUGUGUUUGUGGACCUGGAACCCACUGUCAUUGAUGAAGUACGCACUGGGACCUACCGCCAGCUCUUCCACCCUGAGCAGCUGAUCACUGGUAAGGAGGAUGCUGCCAACAACUACGCCCGUGGACACUACACCAUUGGGAAAGAGAUCAUUGACCUGGUUCUGGACAGGAUCCGCAAACUGGCUGAUCAGUGCACCGGUCUCCAGGGCUUCCUAGUCUUUCACAGCUUUGGUGGAGGUACUGGUUCUGGGUUCACCUCCUUGCUGAUGGAGCGUCUGUCUGUGGACUACGGCAAGAAGUCCAAGCUGGAGUUUUCCAUCUACCCAGCCCCCCAGGUGUCCACUGCUGUGGUGGAGCCCUACAACUCCAUCCUGACCACCCACACCACCCUGGAGCACUCUGACUGUGCUUUCAUGGUGGACAACGAGGCCAUCUACGACAUCUGUCGUAGAAACCUCGACAUCGAGCGCCCCACCUACACCAACCUGAACAGGCUCAUCAGCCAGAUCGUGUCCUCCAUCACUGCUUCUCUGCGUUUUGAUGGUGCCCUGAAUGUUGAUCUGACAGAGUUUCAGACCAACUUGGUGCCAUAUCCCCGUAUCCACUUCCCUCUCGCCACCUAUGCUCCUGUCAUCUCAGCUGAGAAGGCAUACCAUGAGCAGCUCUCAGUGGCUGAGAUCACGAACGCCUGCUUUGAGCCGGCCAAUCAGAUGGUGAAAUGUGACCCUCGUCACGGUAAGUACAUGGCCUGCUGCCUCCUGUACCGUGGCGAUGUGGUGCCCAAAGAUGUGAAUGCUGCCAUUGCCACCAUCAAAACCAAGCGCUCAAUCCAGUUUGUGGACUGGUGUCCCACUGGUUUCAAGGUUGGCAUCAACUACCAGCCACCCACUGUGGUCCCUGAUGGAGACCUGGCCAAGGUCCAGAGAGCUGUGUGCAUGUUGAGCAACACCACGGCCAUCGCAGAGGCCUGGGCUCGACUCGACCACAAGUUUGAUCUGAUGUACGCCAAGAGGGCUUUUGUCCACUGGUAUGUAGGAGAGGGUAUGGAGGAAGGAGAGUUCUCUGAGGCCAGGGAGGACAUGGCAGCUCUGGAGAAGGAUUAUGAGGAGGUCGGUGUCGACUCCAUUGAGGGUGAGGGAGAGGAGGAAGGAGAAGAGUACUAAAACAAAUGCACAGUUGAGUUAAUCUCCUAAACUUUUGUUCUUAAAGUGUGUCUGUUCAACAGAAAAUUGUUUCAGUUUGGACAUGUAUUAAAGUUCACCUACUGCAAA